AUGGAUGAUAAGGAACCACUAUUAAAGAAACAUAAUAAAUCACCUAUUGACAAUGAUAGCGACAACGAAAAUAAAAGUUCUUUCGAUUGGCGACAAUAUUUCAAUCGACAAAAGACUGAUGCUAGUAAUAAAAAGUUAGACGAUGAGAACAAACAAACAAAUAAAGAUAUUCCAAUUGGUGUUUUUCAAUUGUUUCGAUUUGCUGAUCGUAUUGAUGUUCUUCUUAUAAUUACUGCUCUGUGUCUCAUAGUGGGACAUAUAGUUUGUAUUCUUGCCAACAUAAUUCUUUUUGGUCGAAUCACGGGAUUAUUUGCUACUACAUCAUUUGCUGUUGAUUGUAAUAAUCAAAAUUUAACAUCUACAAUUAUCAAUAAUACUGUAUGUCCUCCUGGUGUUGAUCUUAAUCCAUUAAAUUAUGAUCGAUUACAUAAAUUAUGUCAUUAUGAUAAUAAAAUGAUUUCAUCGACAUCAUCUCCAUUAACACCUUUAUUUCGAGAAAAUGUUAUGCAUCUAGUUUAUUUGUUCUUCGGUUUUAGUCUUCUUAUGCUUGUAUGUGGUUUUCUUGAACGUAUCUGUUGGACAACUGCUACGAAACGACAGACAUCUCGCAUGAGUGUUUUACUCUUUCAAUCACUUAUUCAACGUAACAUGACUUACUUCGAUACAAACCAAACUACUCAAUACAAUUCGAAACUUUUUACUAAUGUUGAAAAGAUCAAAAAUGGAAUAGGUUUUGAAUUCGUAAUGGUAAUUGCACUUAUUCUAGGUAUGAUUUUCAGUAUAAUCAUAUGUUUUAUUCUUAAUUGGAAACUGUCUUUAAUUAUGUCUUGUAUAAUUCCAAUUGUCCUUGGCAUUUCAUUGAUGUUUGCUAAGUUCGUGGCUAAAGAAACACAAGAACAAUUAAGUACGUAUUCGAAAGCUGGACAAAUCGCUCAAGAAGUAUUUAGUUCAUUAAGAACGGUUCUUUCAUUCAAUGGAAGCAAAUUGGAACAAAAACAAUAUGACAAAGAAUUACAAAUAAAUGAAUGGUGUACUGUUCGCAAAGAUGCUGCAUAUGGUGUUUUAUUUGGUUGGUUUUUUUUUAUAUCCUUUAUAGUUUAUUCAAUUGGUUUCACUUUUGGUUCCAUUCUUAUCUCUUAUACCACUCAUCAUACACUGAACGUCAGUGAGAUAAUUAUUGUUGUCAAUAUGUUUGCACACACCUUAACUUAUCUUAAUUCAAUUGGUCCUUUCUUCCAAUCGAUUUCGGAAGCUCAAGGUGCAGCAGUAUCCGUCUUUCGACUUAUUGAUGAAGUACAUGAUGAAAAUCUGAAUGAAAAAGAAAUAUUGCAAGAGAACAUAUCUCAUGAAAACUCGAUUUCUGAUAUCAAUGGUGAUAUUGAAUUUGACAAUGUUAGUUUUUCUUAUCCAUCAAGAGAAAAUGCAACGGCUUUGAAUAAUCUUAAAUUAAUUGCUCGUGCGAAUCAAACAACUGCUCUUGUAGGUUCAAGUGGCUGUGGAAAAAGUACAUGUGUAUCACUUCUUCUUCGUUACUACGAACCUUCUUCAGGCAGAAUUAUGAUUGGUGGUCAAUCACUUACAGAUUAUAAAAUCAAACCAUUUCGACAACAUAUUGGAGUUGUUAGUCAAGAACCUAUUUUGUUUGGAAUAAGUAUUUAUGAAAAUAUUCGUUUUGGUAAAUUGAAUGCAACACGUGAAGAGAUUGAAAAUGCAGCAGAACAAGCUAAUGCACAUAAAUUCAUUAUGAAAUUACCAAAUAAAUAUGAGACACUUGUUGGUGAACGUGGUAUACAAUUGAGCGGUGGUGAAAAACAACGGAUUGCAUUGGCUCGUGCACUUGUCAAACAACCCAGCAUUCUUUUGUUAGAUGAAGCAACUAGUGCACUUGACAAUGUUAGUGAAAGAGUUGUUCAAGAAGCACUUGAUCGAGCAUGCAAAAAUCGUACAACAAUAGUUAUUGCUCAUCGUUUAACUACGAUUAAAAAUGCUGAUUAUAUCUAUGUAUUAGAUGAAGGAAGUGUAAUUGAAGAAGGUACACAUGAAACAUUAUUGGCAAAAGAUGGAGGGAGAUAUCAAACAAUGGUUAAAAUGCAACAAUCUGAAAAUACGUUUCAUAGACAAGAGAGUCUGAUGCAAAUGGAAAAAGCAGCAGCUGAAGAUGAAGAACAAUUAUUGGCACGUGUUCGUCUAUUGAGUGAGAGCGAAGCAAUUGAUAUAAAUCGGGAAUUUAAUGAUUGUAAAGACACUGAGAUGCGUCAUCGUGUGAUGAUUACAAGUGGUUUAUUUUUUCCUUUCGGCGCUGUCUUUAUGAUUCUUCGUUUUUUCCAAUAUGUCGCUUUUGGAAUUGCAGGAGCGAAAUUGGUUAGUCGCCUUCGUUCAAAAGCUUUUGCAUGUUUACUUCGUCAAGAAGUAGCUUAUUUUGAUCGACCUGAAAAUAGUUCCGGAGCUAUAUGUACUCAACUCUCUUCUAAUGCAGCUGCUAUUCAAGACAUGGCUGGUGCAAGAUUAGGUUUUAUUUGCGAAACUUUAUCCUUAUGUUUUUUUGGCUUCGUACUUGGCAUUUUUUACAGCUUAGAGUUGACAAUAAUCAUAGCUAUUCCUUUCUUUAUCAUACUGAUCGCUGCUAUUAUGCAAAUACGUUUGAGUUCAUGGUUAAAAACACAAUCUGAUCUCAUUUACUCUGAAGCUAGCACGCUUGCUGUUGAAGUUAUUACCAAUAUGCGCACAGUAAAACAGUUAUCAAUGGAAAAUGAGGUUUUACGACAAUAUUCGGAUCUGAUUGAUCAAGUAUUAGGAAUGUCUUGGAAACCUGACGCAGUUUUUGCAACAGUAUCUGCAUUAUACUGGGCGAUGGAUUCAUUCGCUUUGGGACUUUUGUAUUGGCGUGCUUUGGUACUUGUUGAAAACAAUGAACUAGACAUGAACGAUGUUGUUAUGAUUUCUGCUUUUGGAAUGUUCGCAAUAGAAGCACUAAAAGUUGUUGGGAUGUUAGGAGAACGUAUUGGUUCAUCAUUUGCUGCUGCUCACGCUUUUUUUGAUCUAUUUGAUCGAAUACCAACUAUUGAUAAUGGAUCUACUAAAGGCCAAGAAUUAACUGAUUUUCGGGGAGAAACAGAAUUUAAUCAAGUUAAAUUUAUUUAUCCAAGUCGUCCAACAGUUCUUGUUCUUAAUAAACUUCAGUUAUCUAUUAAAUCAGGUCAACGUAUAGCUCUUGUUGGUGCAUCUGGAUGUGGAAAAUCAACAAUUGUUCAAUUAUUAGAACGAUUUUAUGAUGUUACAAAUGGACAAUUGACUCUUGAUGGUGUUGAUAUUCGAAAACUAAAUGUUCAAUGGCUUCGUUCUUGUCUGGGUGUUGUUAGUCAAGAACCAGUUUUAUUUGAUUUAACAAUUGCUGAAAAUAUAGCAUAUGGAUUAGAAAAUAUACCAAUGGAUGAGAUUGUUCUUGCUGCAACUAAAGCUAAUAUUCAUGAAUUUAUUCAACAAUUACCUCAAGGUUAUGAGACAAAAGUUGGUGUAAAAGGUAGCUUUUUAUCAGGUGGUGAAAAACAACGUAUUGCUAUUGCUCGAGUUCUUAUUCGUCGACCUAAAAUAUUAUUAUUAGAUGAAGCUACAAGUGCUAUGGAUCCAUACAAUGAACGAAUAGUACAAGAAACUCUUGAUCAAGCUCAAACAGACGAUUCUAGUCGAACAUCAAUUAUUAUUGCACAUCGUCUUUCAACAAUACGUUCAUGUGAUUUAAUAUAUGUACUUGAAAUGGGUCGUAUAGUCGAAAGUGGUACUCAUAUAGAACUAAUACAAAAAGGUGGAAUUUAUUAUAAAAUGUUAAAUGCACAAAACAACGUACAAUAA